GCCGGGACGAGCACGGGCGCGCGGGCUCGGCCGGGCGCCGUCUGCCUCCCUCCGUCGCUCACUCGCUCUCCCGCCCGCAGUUCGUCCGCGGCUGGGCCCAGCUCUUCCCAGCGCUCUCGGGAAACGAACAGCGGGUGGAGGACGCCAAGUUCCCGCGGCAGCGGCGGAUCGCGGCGGCUGCGCGGCAGCAGCUUCGACGGGACAGGGGCGCGCUCCGUGGCGGGGCGCUCGGUGGAGCGUGCGCGGCGGGGGGCGCCGGGGCCUUCAGCUCUCGGCCAUCCAGAACCCUAUGAGAGGCGUCCGCGAGGGGCUGGAGCUCCGAAGCCCGAGCGGCGCGCGGCGGAGGCGGAGGGCGGUGCUGCAGCUGCCAGGGCCCGAAAGCGACCGGCGGAAGGCGGCGGCGGCGGCGACGCGAACUUGAACUUGGCGUCGGGAGCGGACGCCCCGGACGCCCCACGCCGGGGCCGGGGCGUUGAGGGGCCUGGGCGGCAGCCUUGUCCCCCGAAUGGCCGCGGCGGCGGACCAGGCUCCCGCGCCGCGGCCCUAGGCGGCCUGUCGCCAUGGCCAAGUGGCUGAACAAGUACUUCAGCUUGGGCAACAGCAAGACCAAGAGUCCCCCGCAGCCGCCGAGGCCGGACUACCGCGAGCAGCGGCGCCGGGGCGAGAGGCCCUCGCAGCCCCCCCAGGCCGUGCCGCAGGCCUCCUCGGCGUCCUGCGGGCCGGCCUCCGCCUCCUGCUUCUCGGCCUCGUCGGGCUCCCUGCCCGACGACAGUGGCAGCACAAGUGACCUCAUCCGCGCAUACCGCGCGCAGAAGGAGCGCGACUUCGAGGACCCCUACAACGGGCCCGGCUCGUCGCUGCGCAAAUUGCGCGCCAUGUGCCGCCUGGACUACUGCGGCGGCGGGGAGCCCGGCGGGGGCCAGCGCGCCUUCUCUGCCUCGUCGGCGUCCGGCGCCGCGGGCUGCUGCUGCGCCUCCUCGGGAGCGGGCGCCGCCGCGUCCUCGUCCUCGUCGUCUGGCUCCCCACACCUCUACCGCAGCAGUAGCGAGCGGCGGCCCGCCACACCGGCCGAGGUGCGCUACAUCUCCCCAAAGCACCGACUCAUCAAAGUGGAGAGCGCGGCGACGGGCGGAGCCGGGGACCCCCCGGGAGGCGUCUGCUCCGGCGGCCGCACCUGGAGCCCGACAACCUGUGGGGGCAAAAAGCUGCUCAACAAGUGCGCGGCCUCUGGCGCGGAGGAGAGCGGAGCGGGCAAGAAGGACAAGGUGACCAUAGCUGAUGACUACUCAGAUCCCUUUGAUGCCAAGAAUGAUCUCAAGAGCAAACCAGGGAAGGGGGAGAGUGCCGGCUACAUGGAACCCUAUGAAGCCCAGAGGAUCAUGACAGAAUUCCAGAGGCAGGAGAGUGUCCGGUCCCAACACAAAGGCAUCCAGUUAUACGACACCCCUUAUGAGCCCGAAGGCCAGAGUGUGGACUCAGACUCAGAGAGCACCGUCAGCCCUCGGCUUCGGGAGAGCAAGCUGCCCCAGGAUGACGACAGGCCCGCUGAUGAGUAUGACCAGCCCUGGGAGUGGAACCGGGUCACCAUCCCUGCCCUGGCAGCCCAGUUCAAUGGCAACGAGAAGCGGCAGUCCUCCCCUUCACCUUCUCGAGACCGGCGGCGCCAGCUCCGUGCUCCUGGAGGAGGUUUCAAGCCCAUAAAACAUGGAAGCCCUGAGUUCUGUGGGAUUCUGGGAGAAAGAGUGGAUCCCACUGUCCCACUGGAGAAGCAAAUAUGGUAUCACGGGGCCAUCAGCAGAGGAGAUGCCGAGAACCUGCUGCGGCUCUGCAAGGAGUGUAGCUACCUUGUCCGGAACAGCCAGACCAGCAAACACGACUACUCCCUCUCCCUAAAGAGCAACCAGGGCUUUAUGCACAUGAAACUGGCCAAGACCAAAGAGAAGUACGUUCUGGGUCAGAACAGUCCCCCGUUUGACAGUGUCCCAGAAGUCAUCCACUACUAUACCACCAGGAAGCUACCCAUCAAAGGAGCCGAGCACUUGUCCCUCCUUUAUCCUGUAGCUGUGCGGACCCUGUGAAAGGACCAGCUUUACCCUGCUCUGCGAUGGAGCCCAAGACUUGGAGGAGCUGGCAAGGCGCAUGCCAGCUCCCUGGGUCACCAGCUGUGUCCAGUGCGUGUCCUGUGUAUGGUACUAGCACACCACUGCAUGUCUUAGAAUGCUGUUGCCACUUUCAAGACUGGAGAGGGCCUGGAUGAAGAGGGACUGCCAGCUGCCACACCACCAGCCCCCACCCAGCACCUUCUUGAGUUUCUGUGAAUUAAAAUAUUUGCAAUCCAAAGAGAUGCCUUCCAGGGUGAACAAAGGUGGAGCUGCUCCAGUGGUGGGCGGGGCCCUGGGCUGCAUCUCUUUGUUCUCCAGCUGUCUAGAACUCACCUGUGUAUUGGCAGAGUUUCCCCACUGGUACUGGGAGCAGAAGGCUGGCACCUAGAGCCCAGGAGGCCCUGGGAGCUGCCCCCUUGUGUGUGUCUCUAGGGGUGCCUCUGAGUGCUCACACACAAGAGCUCACUGUCACACAUCAGAGUAAACCCCCAUCUACUUUUAGAUGUACACUCAGUGUAAUCACUAGAUCUUCAAAGAAUCAUUGUGCAGUUGAAGAGGAUGCAAUUAUUUAUGAAUAGGGUGUGUAAAUAAAAUGGUCAUUUAAUAUA